UUAAAAGGACUAAAAACAUCACGGAACGAUCCAAACAAGAGUGUGCUUUUGUCAGAUACCCCGUAAACUGAGUUUCUUUUUUAUCUUGUCGCUUAUCUUGUGAUUCAAGACGGUUUAUCACUUUGCUCAUCAGUUUUUUCCUGAUUUCUCUCCAUGUCAUCAUUGGACGAAACGUGAAUCAGCCUCAAAAUGAGCGGUUUCCAAGUGAAAAUUUCAUCCUGGUCUGACAUAAAUCACGUCUAACUGCUGGAAAUGGAGGCGAUAACAACAAUGAUUGCCUUUACAACUGAAGAGCCAGUUGUCAGCACCAACAUGACUCCCAUAAAAAUUUUCAAUGUAGACCUAAGGUCUCCAGAUUGGGCCAGCAUACAAUGGGACACAGGAAUGUUCCUACUCCUCACCUCACUCGUUGCUGCUACAGCUUGGAUCACCUUCAGCACAUAUUUCAUGUCAAGAAUCAUCGGCUACAUCCUGACCAAAAUUCUCAACAGAUUUGUUAAAACUGGUUUCAUGAAAAUUGGUUCCUUCACAUUCAAUGCUCUAAGUGGAAAAGUUAUGUUCCGAGACUUUUCUUACAUUACAGCAGAUUAUUCUGUAAGAGUGCAAGAUGGCUAUGUCAUUUUUAGGUGGUGGAGAGCUUACGUGCCAAAAGAUGUGACCGAAGAUUUGUCUCAUUCUGACACCAGACUAUCGGUUGUUCUCAAUGGAAUGGAAAUUCAUCAAUACAAUAGAUCUCAACUCUACUCAAGGCUAGAAAACAUGUUUGGAAUUGAUCCUCUGAUAAUGAAGGGCUUUGAAGAAAAAGUUGAGGAGGAUACCAAUCUGAAAGUAAAGCCUGACGCGAGGACUUCCCGUAAGGCUCCAAAGAGCCCUGGCAAACUAUACACAUGGCGAGAUCUCAUCCCAGUUGUCAAAGUGGAUGUAUUCGCUGGUCGCAUGGUAUUUGGGAACAGACUUGUUCCAACAACAUUGUCAGUUAACAUAGAGGAAGCCCAUUUUGUUUACUCCACCAAACCUGCAGCGUCUAGACUUGAUCACUUCAUGCACUUCAUUAAAUGCAAAGCAGAAAAUUUCAAGGUGAUUUUGGUACCAAGUCCUAAAUACACUGGUAUGGUUGAUGAUCCACCGCGGUACAUGGGCGAGGGCUUUGUCGUUCUUUCCUCAAACAAUGUUGAGCUGUACUACUAUAUGGAUGAACCUGGAUUUGUACCAGAAGAACCAAUGAUGCUGCAGUUAGCUAAUGGUGACAUUGUGGAGUCAGCUCCUCCAAUCUGGGGCUUGGACAUAAAAUGUGGCAAAGGCACAGACUUUAGCUAUGGGCCUUGGGCUGAUAGGCAGAGAGACAACCUGUUUCGAUUUUUCUUCCCAAAUGAAUACCAGCCAAUGAAACCAAGCAAGCCACCUUUGCCAGGCGAAAAACGUGUGGUUCAGUCCUUCGACAUCAGGCUUAACACUCUUAAUGAAUCAACAAUGGACAUUUUGUUUUCCAAAAACAAGGAAACCAACGCGGUGCACAUCAACAUUGGCCAGGGUUCAUACUUGGAGGUGACAAUUCCAUGGGUUGUGAAGGAGGACGGCUACACAACUAAAGUCACAGGCCAAUUAUUGCACUUGGAAGCCUCUACUAGUCUUCAGUAUCGAAGCCUCGUGGAAAGUGAAACUUUAGAAUACAAAGUAGUUUGUCACUAUCCUAUUCAUUGGAAUGAGCACCAGGAAUGGUCUUUGUCUCUAACUGGCUGCAAAGCAACAGUCAAUUUCAUUUACUCACACAUUCAUUUCUUCAAAGAUAUGGUCAACGAUUGGUCAAGCAAAUCCCGGCCUGAUGUGAUCCACUUUGUUCCUUACACGUGGAAGAUACUGUUGAUUUUGAAAGACUUUGAAUUGAUUACUAUUAGCAAUGAAUAUAACUGGGUCGACUGUUCUUCCCAAAAUCAAGAAAACGCCCAUGUGGCUUUUUGUGGGGACCUGUUUGACAUGUCAUUUGAUCUCCCAUUUGUUGACUUCCUGCCUCCAUCGCUGCCGCUGAGGUUUUGGAUCCAAGGGGAAUGUGUGGACAUGGCUCUCUUUCUCCCAGAAGUGCACUCGAGUCGAGCUAUCAUCAUGGCUCUUGAUCGGAAUGCAAAAAUUAUGGGGAGGGAUGAAAAGAAAGCUGAGAAAAUCAAACGAUGGAGGAAUGUUUGUCAGAGAAGCAAUGGAUGGGUCGACUGCUGGUCAGUCCCUAUUGUGGCAAUAAGCAUCGUGUACAUUUAUCAUCCGAUGCCUCCAAUGGGGCCACCACCUCAGGCCAACAUAACUACACCUGAAAAGGAGGAAAUUUUGCUUUCGCCAAUUCGGAUUCCUCACAUGAACAAGCUAAAUACUUUCCAGCAAUGGCCUGAUGGAGGACAGAAGUUUGAUCCAAUGACCCUAGAAGCUGACAAAGUGUCCGUAGAAAUAGAAAUAGGCUCAUCAUUGUUGCUGCUCUAUGGCUCAGUCCUAAGAAAUUUCAUACACCUGAAAGAGAACAUUUUUGGAGAGGAUCAAACUUUUACAGAUAUGCAAAAGUCUAAAGCAUCUUCGCCUCCUUCAGUUACGAAUUUACAGUCUGGUGCUGAUGAUGAUGGGGAGAAGAGUUUUGAUCCAAGAGACUACCGCCCCCUCGAUGUGACAGUUUCGCUUACUUUGCAUGAUAUUCAAGCCCAUUUGGUGAAGAACUGCGGAGAAAAAGAUCCACCGUGCCCAGUAGCAAUGAUUGAGAGGAUUGGAUUCGAGAUGAAAAAGGGGUUCCAGGAAACAACUUUGCAGCUAUUAGUCUCGCCAGCAUUCCUUCUGUCCUCUGAUUUGGUGCCACGAAACAUUAAAGAUGUUCACCUUGGACAGGGGCAUCUUAUGCUGUCUGGCUUGCAAGUGAGGGGACAUGCAAUGUUCAGUGAUGAGGGAAUUUCCUUGGACCAUGAUACUCUUGAGUAUGCGUGGAUGAUUGAAGUGCAGCUUGGCAGAUUGACUGGAAAACUGUCAGCGCCACAAUUGUACCAUUUAAUCACAAGUUUAGAAACUUUCCUCCUCUUGGCUUUAGAUGGUGAAAACUGCCUUCGUCCGCCUAGGCUUCCAAGACUUUGCCAUCACGGUUUGCAUCCUCGGCAGUGUCCUCAGUCAGUAGAUCUCGCCUCAAAUAACCAAACCCCAGGCAAAUUGCAACAGUGUCCAACAAGUGACGAAAUCAAGUACAAAAUGACCAGAGUGGCAUUGGAUGCUCUAGAUAUUUACUUUGUGGAAGCAUCAACUGCGAUUCAUCUUUUGGCAUCUCCUAUUCGCGUUUCAACAUGUAACCUUCACGGCAGCCAAGUCAAGUCAGGUGUCACAGCAUUAUUGCCUCUUGUGCAAAUUCGGCAGUUUAUCUGCAUGCAAAACAACUUUGGUACUGGCACCAAUCGCUCUCAAGGCAGCAACGCUGGUGGGGUCAAAGAUGGCUGCGAUUCUUGGCUAGAGAUUGGUUCAAUUUCUCUUGGUCCUUUAAUUGUUGAAGCCGCGAUGUCUCUGUCAUCACCAGAGCAGAGUUUACAUUUGGUGCAGCACAAAUUUUUGCGAACGCAUGAUGAAAAAACUCGCAAGUUAUGGUUCUUGUGGCUCAAUGAGAAAGAGGGUCACAGCGUUGCUGCUGGAAAAUCAAUUGGAAAAUGUGGCUGCAUUGGUGGCUGUGUAUUUUUCGGCCAGAACAUCAAUGGACCUGGUUUCUUUAAGCCGAAUCGACUUGAUCUGCAUGAUGGUAUCAAUGUCGCUUCAUACAGAGUCAAUCCAAUUGGAGCUGACCCAGGAUUUGGGCAGAGCAUACUGCAUGAGAAGCAGCUAGUGUUCCAUACACCUCCCUACACCUCCUAUGAUAUUGUGUCGCUUCAAGACCCUCCAAGCUGGAACAACACAUUAACAAGAAGUCACGAUCACAGUCUUAGAGUACCUUCAAAGAACAGACCAGUUUUUGAGCGCUCCAGUUCAAUAUCUGAAUCAAAACCUUCACCAGCUAAUAUCAGCAUCAACAGUAAUCAGUCAGACAGGUCUCUAGGGAGAAGGUUUUCAUACACUCCGACUGGCGUGAAGACAGUCAAAGAUGUUCCUUACACCAGACUGCUAGAUAGUCCAAAUUUGCUCCCUAAGUUGGACAGCGAUUCCAAGCUCCACAAUAAUAAAGCUGCACUUAAUAUACCAGAAACGCCAAAAGCCAGUAGUUCAGACUCAAAGUUGGCAGUGGAGUAUUUUGUACCCAGCGUUCCACCCUCCGAAUCAAAGCACUCUCUCCUUUCUAAUGAGGCAGAAAUGGCUGAUACUUUGGAAUUUCAAAGAACAGUAUCCAUCAGUAGUGGUCAGUCUGAAGCAUUCUACUCUGCCGAUGAAGAUUCAACAAUAGUUGGAGGGAGCGUUGUUGACGGCAAGAAGUUCACUAGUGAAACUCAGAUUGCUGAAACAGUUGCAAAGCCCAUCCCACGACUCACUAGCUAUAGCAGUGAACAAGAUUUUACAAGUCAGGAUACAAAGCCUGGGGAGCCGAUGAAACCAAGACUCGCACCUUUGUCAGCCUCUGUACCCCAUGAUAUCAUCAGCUCUGUUAAGUACGAGGAAACUAUGAGUUUUAAGUUAAGUGAUCUGCGAGAGAAAGUUGCUACAAACAAAGAGUCUUUGAAUAGAUCUAGUCUCAAUGCUAUGCAAAAGUCUGGUCCUAACAAACUGCAAGAUGUGUCAGAAGUUGGGGACUCAUCUGAUACGCAGUCCAUUCACUCGACCCAGUCGUUUAUAUCUGCGAUGUCCUCUCAAGAGGACCUUACAAUGGUCAACCUGCACAUGCAAGUCAAUAAACCGAUCAUAGAGUCGCCUUUGCUAAUGUCAAGCUACAUCAAUCAUCUAUCACAGAUGCGCUGUCAUCGGUGGACCCAAUCUUCUUUGCCGCUUGGCUGUGAUGCAUACACAACGCCUCUCUUUGAGCGCACUGAAGAUGGAAAGCUCACAUACAUUGGUGGGAAAUAUGUGCCAAAGUUUGAGAUGAUCACAGAGGGAUUUACCACUUUAAAAAUGCUUAGCCGUUCUCAAGAAUACAAUCAUUUCACACCUCCAGCUUCUUCCAACAAGCAGACUCCAACUCAUCCUUACAUGUGGGACAACGCAACAUUUUUGCAGUCUGAUGGAUCAGGAGAUGUGGAGGAGGAAAUUCUUGCUUUCCAAAAUGAGCAUGGCACUAGGACAACAAUUAUUGUUAAAUCGCGAGGUGACAUUGACAUCAUGAUAAGCCCUUUGGUACUAGAAUCUCUACAAAGGUUCAUUGAUGCCAUCACUCCAACUCUUGCUGCUCUUCACCCACUCACUGUAUUGAAUGAUCUGCACUGGAACUGCAUCAGCCGAGUUGAAGCUGCAAACAUUUUGAAGAAGGAGCAGUCAAGCUACUUAACACAGCUUCAGAGCAGUAAACGAGGAACAGCAGAGAGGAACGCGAUUGGUGUUCCUGGACCGCAGCUGACUUUGCAGUCCAACGUGUAUGAAGAAAGUAUCCACACUCAAACCCAAGGAACAAUCAUUUUGCCAAAGGUCAAUGUGACGCUGCUGCAAGCCUCCAUUGUGGAAGAGAUCAUUUCUUUUUCUGCUCUUGACAACGUUAGAGACUUGACCUGCGUUUCACUCUUUGCAGUUUGCUUUGAGUCGGUGUCAGCCCAAUUUUAUUCUGGGCAUCAAGCUAAGGAAGUAGUGCAAACAUUCCACAGGCCAACGGUAGCACCAAGUGGUGGAAAGAAAAUUUCUAAAUUGUACAAGGUGUGGCGCGGUGGCAAUUCUCCAACUGAUCCUUCGCAAGGAGAACUUGUCCACAUUGAAACCUCUGAGAAGCAACAAGAGGAGAUGGUUGUCAGCCUCAACGUAGGAAAGUGCCAUACUCAGCUGAGGAGACUGAAAAACGAGAGCUCAAUUUUGAAGGACGCUUACAUCACCACUAUUUCUCAGCACCAGUCAAAAGUCAUGUUCACGUGCGUCAGACUAAUGAAGACGGAACUUCCAAGCGCAUCAAAGAAGUCUGACGAUCCUUUGGAAAGUGAUGAUAAGCUAGGGUUCAUCAUGUUUGAAUGUGGUUUAGAAGGAGUUUCGCUGAAAAUCGUUAAGAAGUCCCACUUUGAAAAAAGUGAAAAUACUGGAAGCGAGGAUAAGUUUCCCACCAGUGACCCUAAUUACAACGAGAGCGUUAAGUCAAAAGAAGAAUUUGAUGAAAAGACCCAGAAAACCGAUGAUGAAUUAAAGGAUGCUGACCAAAGAAACUCGUCUCAGAGCAAGCAAGGAACGCCUGCUGAAAAAAUGGAGGAAAGACUUGAAGUUACAAACAAAGACAUGUCAAACACCUCAUCCUGUGUGCUAGAGUUGAAAACUGUUUGGUUUAACUUCGCUGCACCUCCCAGGGCACCCAUUACUAGAAAAAUUGAUUACACCCGUUUGGACUGGAACUUGUUGUCUACUGCAUCUCCUGGCAUCGAUGCUUGGAUGAAUCCUUCCAACAGGUUUGCGCUCAGGGUUGUUUGCAUGCUGCGCACCAUGUACCGACGAUCGACUGGGAUCGUGGCGUCCUUGAUGGCUGAAGCUUUGGACAUUCAGAGCAUUCACACUCCUGCAAAGAGCAGAUAUGGACGUGUAACUCCAAUGGCCAAAACCUUGCAGGAAGAUCCAUCAUGUCAGCUCUGCAAUGUGCUCCUCAAGUAUGUACUACAGACAGAGAUGAUCAUCAUCGAAAACAAUCUGCGAGAAAGCGACUUGCCUCUGCUCUCCACGCUUCGACAGGGCGUUAUUGUGCUAAGCAGACAGUGGAAGAAUGUUCUGUACACGUCCCUUCUGUUGGAGCAUAAUUACAAAAUGCGGAAUGUGAAGCCCUUGAAUGUGACCUUCGCUGUUCAGGACACUGACGAAGAGAAUGUGUUGACCGACGAGAACUCCGGUGAAGAUGGUGAGGUCACAGAUGAAUGUACUUUGCUGUUGAAAAGCCCAGAAAAAGUUUCCAAGUCUGAUACCGAGCAGCCUGACACGGACAACAUCUUUCAUUCGCCAGCAUCGCCGCCGCCAAAGAAGAACCUGCCGCCGUCGCAGCCGCCGUGCUCAUCACGAGCAAGUAUUGUCUUCCCGAUUCUGAACAAUGUGUACACAAGUAAAAGGUUUGAGAACUCUGCUGCCUUCUUCAGGAAAGACUCGGAUCAAACUCUGUGCUCCGACAAGGAAGGAAUGCAGGGGAACAGCUCUUCAAACAAUAGCCUUGACGGAACCGUUACACUGACGAGCCCGAAAAGCUUACUUCCCAGUGACAACGAAGACUUGUAUUCAUGGAUGGCGAAACAGCAGGAUUACACCAAAGCCGCGGAGGAAAGAAACAGAAUCAGGCGCAACUUGGAGUCCAAAGUAACCACACUCUCCACGGAGGAAACAGUUCACACGAUUGAAUCUGGUCUACCAAAUCCUGCAUACAAUUUAUACCCAAUGAGCAACUCGCUGCAUCUACUUGAUGCUCACUUGAUCUUUGAACCACUGCUGUCGUGCCUAGGAUUAAUGCCAGAGCAGAUAUCAGGUACCAACUAUGAGAGGUGGGGAACAAAUAUCUCCCUUGUUGGUGCCAUGGACGUGAUGAGAAUUGACAUUGUGGUCAGCGAGUACGGGAAAACAGACAAGAAGAAAAAAGGCAAAGCAACUGGGAAAAUGGGCAGCAAGUUUCAUUUGGAUAUACCGCCGGAGACUCCUGCUUUCUUGUGCGAAAAAAUUGGUAUUGAAGUUGAUGUCAAAAAAAUGGCUGACAUGACUGUGGACGAUAUGAUCCACAAGCAGAAUGUCUUGUACAUUUCAAGAGGCCAGUUAAAGAAGCACACAAGCACAGUGAUCAACUUCAGCUUGAAUAUCAGGUAUAUUUCACAGCAGGUGAACAUGCCGCUCUUGAGACUACUGCACCAAAUAUCCAAUAUGUAUCAAAACUUCAAAGAGACUCAAAUGGAACUUAAGGAGCAACAACCUGAAGGAAAAUUGGUGAAGGACAAGAAGAAUGGCUCUAGUUCUGCCUCUGAACAGCAAGAAACUAAUCUGGACUUAUCCAAAUCAAAGUCAAGGCAAAGCCUCCUCCAAAGGACAUUGAGCAGAACGUCCAUCAGAUCGCGGAAAGGUUCUAUAGAUGGAAACAAGGACAGAAACUUUCCACGCUCUCAGAGCCGAGGAAUUUCACCAUCAGCCUCAUUCAGAAACCGGCCGCAAAGUUUUGCUCAGAAGUUGAGAUCAACUGGCAAAAGCGUCAGAGGAUACAUGAACCUCAGUGAAGGUAUCUCGCCUCUGUUUGGAACCAGUCCAUCUGGCUCUGGAAUCGAGCAUGGAACAAUUUCUUCAGACAAAAGUAAAGAUUUGAAUGUGCCCAAGUGCUGGAAAACCGUCUAUGGACUUCUUGACCUGUAUGCUACAAUGCCUGAGACUAAAACGAUAACGCACCGGUUCUCAAUGGCACCUGAAGCUUCAGAAUUCUACAAAGCGAGUAAUCGCAAAUCUGAACAUUUGCCAGAAUUGCGGGAGGACGUUGAAAAAGGCAUUAAUGAUUUAAAUGGAAGCAACGCUACGCCUAAAAUCUCAGAAGUCAAACAAAAGGAGCUGAGCUUGCUGACUGGUGAACGGACAAGGUUAGUUGUUUUUGGAGUGGCUCGCAUUCACCGCACUCGACUGUUGGCAACUUUGAGCGGACUCAAAUUGGAGGCUGAAAUCACAAGCUUGCAUUCCAGUGUCACUUGCAGGAAGAAAAGUAGACCAGCCAGUUUCGAGUGCUCCAUAACUGGCCAAGUCGGACGCACGAUGAUUGUACUUUUGGAGGGUGUGGCUCCAAACCAACAAACUGUUGUCAAAGUGACAGUGGGAAAGUCGCAAGCACUUUACUCAAGCAUAACUCGCAGGCUCCGAGACAGAAACUCAGGAUUAUUAACAGUGGGUGCGAUCAUUGUUGAUAUUCCACAACAUCCAGUCGCUCUUCACGGAAUGAUGACGAGAGGCAGUAAACAGCUGUCGUCAACUUUGCAGGAACUGCGAGUGUCAAGGACAAGCCGAUUCAACAGGGGCAUGACCAUUGAUGAAGUUGACUUUGCUGCUCCUCCAUCUUUCCCACGUUUUAGCCGAGAAAACUUGGCGCCUCUGAAGAAGGCAGACUCAACUAUUCUGCAGCCACUGGUGAUGCAGUUUUCAGUGAUUCUGCAAAGCCUGAGCAUAACAGCCGCUCUUCUGCCAUCGUUGCAAGCCCAGUAUAAGAUGGACCAGGUUCAGAGCACUGGUAUCACUGGAUCAAAAGCAAAAUUCACAAUCGACCUGCCAAAGCACUCGCUCAGCUUUACUACCAAACUACAGACUGCAGAGGCGAAUUUGCCGACAGCAGCCUGUAUAGAAUUGCCAAAGGUGCACGUGUCUGCUGAGUAUAUCGUAGAAGGCAGCAGCACAGACAAAACCCACUUUGCAGAUGGUGUCAUCUUGCACCAAGGAAGCUACUUGAAUGCGAGCGCCGACAUAGGCGUUUUUGAACACUCACUCACCACUGAUUUGCUAAACCAUCUUGUUUUUGUACAAAAGGUCUUCAUGAAAGAAGUGAAUGAGGUCCUGCAGAAAGUGUACGGUGGGGAAAAGUUGGUACCCUUGUGGUUGGACGAGAAUGAAGAGUCACAGCCAAGCAACAUGAAGCGGCUGCUGUUUUCUCUGAUUGUCCGACUGAAGCGAAUUCAGCUAACUGCUACUACGCCGACUAACUCGGCAGUUCGUCUAGAAACAGGCGCUGUUGAAUUCCAGCUUUCAAACCGAGUGCUCAAUUUGUCAGCCAGCAAAGAUGCAAGUCCAAGUACCAAAUUGUUCUUUAAAGCUCAAGUGGACAUCAACCUUUCUCUGGGACAGCUGUUAAAAAAUACAGUGUUUGAAGAAGCUGAGCCAGAAUUCCAGCAGUUUGCCUUCUUCAAAACGAAAAUUUUCUUGCGGAACGCAUUCCAGGAUGAGACAGGCCAGGGAGAGAUGAAUGACAAAGAGGUGGUGCUGAUAAAACUCCAGCGGCCCUUGAUUUACAUACAACCAGUUGCUGUUGACAAAGCCAUUCUUGUGUGGCUCAACUACAAAAAUGCAUACGAAUAUUGGGAUGAACAGAGGAGCAACCUGCAGAAAGAAGUGCUCACUGCGACGCAGCAAGUCUUUGAAAAAGUCCAGUUCUCACAGAUCGGAACUCCAAAUUUAGGCACACUCUUCCUGCAGCUGACCGUUCAUGAUAUGGGCAUCUGCCUGCCUUUAAAUCCUCUCCCACCGGUUUAUGGCGCCUCUAGAACUUACGAUGAUAGCCGGGGUGCAGUUGUCGUCACUUUGGACUCGACUAGCAUUAGUGCGUGCAGCUCAGGAUCGCUAGUCAGCAAGGGGAAGUUUGUCGGCCUUUGUCUGAGAUUCGCCGAAGACUUUGAAACAAGCUUGGAUGAAUGGAGGCCAGACAUGACCGAUGUCAUGAAUUUGUGUGUUGUGUCGGAGGGAACUUACGAGGUUUGCAGCAGGACUGUAGCCCAGAAGACAGGAUCAGUGCACGAUAACGCCAAAUGGUUUUUGAAUGUGCAAUGGCAAAUGGAAGGCGUCGACAUUCAUCUGGACGUCAAUGUUGGAAAACAGCUCUCUGCCCUUGGACACACGCUUACAACACUAACUGGAUACGAGGAAGAUGAAAAUUUAAAUUUGGACUCUGACAGUGAUGAAGGGGAUCAAGUAGAUGGAAGUAAAGCAUCUCAGGAGAGCAUGUACGGAAAGAGGCUAACUGAAAAUUUGCCUCCAUUCUUCUUUGACCCACACAUUGACGCCAAGACAAGGUCAAAACUUAUCGAAAAAGAAAUGAAUGAACAAACAAAAAUUAUCAAUGAUCUGAGAACUCUGGGUGCGUCAAUAGUCACAAUUGAACAGGAGUUGCGAAAAUUGCAAGAUCUUGAGGCAGCUGCUUUCAAAGACUUCAGACACAACAUGAUUCAAAAGUUGCGCAGGCAAAGUGUAAAAGCAUCCUCGAUCAAAGGAAAGUUUGGCCUGGGCUCCAAGGCUAGCGCUCUGAAAACUCGAUCUCUGAUGGUUCCCUCGCCAACUCCAGAAAACCAAAUGGAAACGCCAAGUGAUGACCUAACAACAAAUGCAAGUUUUGAAAGCAGUCCGCAAUCGGGGCCUUCAAGAUCAGCAUCAAUUCGAGCAAAGGAGCCAAUUGGACCGCGGGUCACGUUCUCCCCUGACACUCAAAAUAUCUACGGUUCAAGGCAAAGCUCACUUCCAAGCAUGGAGUCUGAUCUUAGUUUGCCUGAGUAUGAUAUAGACCCUGAGGUUGAGUUAAGAAGGAAGCCAUCACCAUCAAAAUAUGACAUGCCUGAUGUAGGCAGCAAUUAUUACCUUGAGCCUGGAUUCAGCAAAGACGGUGGAAUAAGCCCAAUGUCUGGACAUCCCAGUUACCAAAAAUCCCAGGAGCCAAACAUCGACUUUGAGCUUGACGUGAAGGUGUUGAUCAAAAGCGGAAAAUGUGUCCUUCACACCAAAGAUCCAGCCAAAGAGGAGGAGAUAAAGAUCACUAAAAUGCGGAAAGAAAGGAGUUCUUCAGGAGCAACUUUAGAUUACCCAUCUAGCCCAAGCACAAGCCGAAAAAAUAAGGAGCUCAAGCACAAUCCCAGCAGUAGCAGACUGAAAUUCCUCAAUAGCAAUGUCACCUCGCUUGUCGAUCUUACUAUUUUCCAUGUGCCUGGUCUUGAUGUCAAGGUGCAUUAUGAGUCAAGAAAUAUGAAUGAAGACUAUUCCUAUUGUGCUCGAGAAGGCUUCCGCAAGCCUAGUGUCAAAAAAGCUAGCCUUUUUGCAUGGAUGACUCUGCAGAGCAUUCCAGAAGAGACCAUCAUAUCGCCUCACAUUCUUGAAUUCUUGGAACAAACACUAGAGCCGAUUCCUUCGACCAUUCCUCAGCCCAAGACCAACACCAGCAAUACAAUGUUUGCCAUGGAUCUAGACACAAACAUGACCAGCACAGUCACCAAUUACGCCUACACCUCUUUCCCUGUUGACGUCAUCGUGUACUUCCACAUGCAGCCAUCUUCAUUCAGAUUUUCAUGCUUGCCAGUUUCACGUGUAGAGUGCAUGCUGAAGCUUCCCUCGUUAGACAUUGUGUUUUCGUCCAAACGAGCAGAGGGGGAACACGCUGAAUUUGCUGACGAGAUCUCAAGACCAGCACCAGCGCCGGGAAGCGUUUCUGGCUACCGAGGAUCCCUAACAGAGGCCAUGAAAAUCGAUAGUACGUCAGCCACUGCUGCAGUUGGAGGUUUGAGCGUCACUGGCUGUCUAGCUGAUUUUUCAGUCUACAUUUUCCAUCCAUAUGGUGGCAAGAAAAGUGGUCUGAAAGAAGCGCAAUGGUCACCUCUCGCGGACAGUGAGCGGAAAGACUCGCUUAGCAUUAAUGUCGAGUUUGUCAAGUUCCACCUUUCUCGCAGCAGGAAACUGAAUUUCAGCACUCCAAUGCCUGAUCCAACUCUGAAGACUUCAUUGGGCUCCGCUAAAAUUGGAGAACAUAGUCAAGCUGUCAUCAGAUUUUCAACUAUUGUGGACAUUGGAUCAGCAUCAUUCAAAUAUGACAUGCGACGAUUGACAGAAAUUCUCGCUUUUCCAAAAGCGUGGUACAGGAGAUCCAUAGUCCGAAGACUUUUCCUUGGUGAUUUGAGUAUGAGCGCAGUUUACAGUGAAGGUGACGACAGUCCUCCCUCAAGUUUUGAAGAAGAUUCGUCCCCUGUAUCAAGGUCUUCUGCUAGCUUCGAGACUGGGCGGCAGUUUGAAGACAGAACCUCUCGCUCUGUGCCUGUCGAACAAAGUCCGUUGCAAAUGAGAGACAAACUACGGCUCAGUCUAGAAUCGGAAAUUCCCAAAAACUCAAAAUUGAACAGUGCUGGAGAAAAAGUGACACCAAGCACAAGCUCAACUAGUCCCUCUGACUUGAAAGCUAGUUCAGCCUGGGAAACCUUGGUACUAUUUGCGGUCAACUUUACUAAACUAAAUGUCCACAUGAACAUGGGAAACGUCAUGGGCAACGUCAUGUGGCAAACGAAGGAUUUCAAGUCAGAAGGUCGCCUGUCCAUUGGAAGCAAUGGUCACAAGAACAUGUACAUUGGUGUUGGUCUUGGUGGCUCUGGUCUCGAUGCAAAAGGCGGUAUUGUUGGUGGCACUAUUGAACUGAGUAAAAUCGACACUUUCAUUCAUAUUCGAGAAGACCCAGGAGUGGAGCCUGACCACAAGUUUGGUUUGAAGCUUUUCGCAUUUGAAUUGAGACUGGAUUACAUGGGAACAGGAGUACUGAUGUCCAGAAUCAGCAGCUUGGAUGUGUCACUCAGAGCUGAAUGGAAAAUCCACCACCAGCUAGCAUCAACGUCUCAGGAUGUUCCUACCAGAAGGCCUGCCACGAUUUUCAUGCAUGGAGAUUUGGGCUGGGACCAGUUACAGCUCAUGAUUUCUCGGUCCACUACAGCAGACCUGUUGAAGAUGUACCACAAAUUGGAGGAGUUCUUCUCGCAACAGUUCAAAAGCAGCAAACGAGUGUUUUCCAGUCUUCAGCCAGCUGCAAAGAAGCCUAGCUUGAGGAAGAAACCGCAACCAAAAAAGAAGACAUCUAGCACAACAGGUGGGGAUUCAGGAAUAUCAAUUGACGCACGGCAUCACCGUCAUUGGCACCGCCCGCUGAGCGCGGUGGCUGGUUUGCGCCUAACUACACUGCCAAACCCUUUACCUGUAUCUGGCUCCGUUCUCGGUGGCACCAUGGAGCUGCAUGGAAACAACAUUUCCCUUGCCUGCUUUCAUGGCAUCAACUUCAAAACCAAGUCAUGGGCUCUCUUCAGCUUGCGUGAGCCGUGCAUUUCAUUUGCAACUGAGGCCCAAGAAGUCCCUCCACCAACACCUGGAGAGUCGAUGGAUGUUCACGUCGUUCAGUCCUUAACGUUCAGUUUGGGCAUGGUUGGUCUUGCUCCAGCGCACGCCCAGCACCUCAGCAUGGCCACGAUUUGCAGAAUGAGCCGCAACUCCCUGUUCCCACCUCAAUUCAGAACUUUGCAGGAAUGGUUCAACUUUGCAUUUGCCCAGUCAGAACUUGAUGAUGUUGAUCGAUUUCCAAGCUUGGAGCGGGAGCGAACUGAGAGCACAGAGAGGAGGUCAGCAAAUAAGAGCCAAGAAAUAAAUCACAACAAAGAAGUCAUUUUCUCGCUUCCGUCAAUGCAGCUGCAUUUGAAAACAGAACAUUUGCAAACAGCUCGCACUCCCGACCUCGCAGGCGACAAACCUGAGGUGGUCUGCAGUUUCAUCACUGAGUUUGAGGACCAUAUCUUCGUGACGGUUGACGCUGAAGCAUUCUUUUUCCUGCAUGACUUGAUCACGUCCUACCUCAAGGAAAAGGAUCGAGUGAUCACGUCCACUCAGAUAAUCCAGAGAGCAAAGAGCCCUGAUGGAGACAGAAGGAGGGCGGAUUCUGGCAGGAAAGCCUUUGAUCCUGGCGAAAUGUUUUUGAAAGACUGGAGAAACUUCAAUUGCAAAACCUGGCACUUAGAGCCUACUGUCCGUCUCUUGUCCUGGGCUGGUAAAAGCAUUGAGCCCUAUGGAGUUGACUACAUCUUGCAGAAACUAGGAUUCACACAUGCCCGCACAACCAUUCCUAAGUGGAUGCAGCGAGGAUUCCAGGACCCGUUGGACAAAGUGCUGUCAAUUCUCAUGCUCAGAAUGGUUGGUCUUGUCAAGGACGAGUCCGCGCCGCCUUUCAAAGGGCGAGAACUUGGUCCGAAGAGAGACUAAAUAAUUACAAAUAUCAUGUUUUGCUACCAUAUCUAUUCUAAUUUUCUUCAUUCCAUUUUAAAGCUGCUGUAAUUUACCUAAUUUAAGCUCCAAUUUUUAUUAAAGUAGUCAAGGCUUUUUUAAUCACUUGUUUAUAUAGCAGUUUACGCUUGUGAUUCAAUACUGAAAUGCGUGAUCUUAAAAAUAAUAUUAUCUCUAUUGUUGUUUGUUGCAAGUCAAAAUAAAGUUAAAUUUAUCAUACCAUAAUAAUAUGCAA